AUGCUGCCCUAUUUCUUGUUCCUCUCCAAGAAUAUCAGCCCCUCGCUGGUGUCCCAGCGCAGCGCGCGCCAGGGCUUUGCGCUCCGGUCGUUGUGGGUCUCCAGGCGUCCCUCGCGCCCCCCGGGGCCCACUGCCCCCCUGCGCCAGCUGGCCGCAGCCGUCUUCUCCCGGGACCCAGGAGGGCUCGCCUCGGCCCACUCCCGGGUGCGCCAGAACUUCCACCCUGACUCCGAGGCUGCCAUCAACCGCCAGAUCAACCUGGAGCUCUAUGCGUCCUACGUGUACCUAUCCAUGGCCUAUUACUUCUCCCGAGAUGACGUGGCCCUGAACAACUUCGCCAGAUAUUUCCUUCGCCUGUCCCGGGAGGAGACACAGCACGCGGAAAAGCUGAUGAGGCUGCAGAACCAGCGGGGAGGCCGGAUCUGCCUGCAGGACAUCAAAAAACCUGACCAGGACGACUGGGAAAGCGGGCUGAACGCCAUGGAGUGUGCGCUGCUCUUGGAAAAGAACGUGAACCAGUCGUUGCUCGAGUUGCACACUCUGGCCUCAGACAAAGGUGACCCCCAUUUGUGCGACUUCCUGGAAACUCAUUAUCUGAAUGAGCAGGUGAAGUCUAUCAAAGAGCUAGGUGACCACGUGCAAAACUUGGUUAAGAUGGGGGCCCCGGAUUCUGGCCUGGCAGAGUACCUCUUUGACAAGCACAGCCUUGGAGAUGAAAACAAUCAGAACUAAGCCACAGGCUGCCUUCCUCACUGCCAGGCUGUGCCAAGACCUAGCAUCCACAGACUUCUGCUUUCUUGCCCUUAAAAUGAACCUCUAUCUUUAUGCCCUGUUAUGCCAUCCCAAUAAAGUGACUUGCAGAGAAAAUAUACUUAGCCCCAUAGUAACAAGGGCUUUUUGUCCAACAUCAAGGUAAUUUUUCCAGCCUGAAAGGUAGCCCAGGAUACUACGGUAUAAAAAAGACUGUGAAAAAGCUGAGAGUAGAUGCAAACUUUCUCCAGUUACCAAAUAUUAUUCCAGACCAGGAACUUUCACUAAAAUUCUGCGAUUUUCAACUGAACAAGUGCCGGUUAUUUUCAAGACCUCAUGCUAAAGGCUAAAGUG